AGUUUAACCAAUUACGUGCAUGGAUCUGGUAGUUUAUCUCCUGGAUAAUUUUAACCGCAAGAUAACUGGACGUGAAGAAAUCGGGCACAAAACAAUGCGAUGAGCGAUGAUGACCGCGCUCGUUCCUCUCUGCUGCUACGCAUGUCGUAGGAACUCCCAACAGUCCCAACAAUUUGAUUCGGAUUGUGGUUGGACACCCUGCGUAAAAUGCGAAAAAUCGGGAAAAAUGGACGCAGAGUGUGAGCGCAUCACUUUUAUCUGAGCUCUCGUUCUUGAUAGCAAAAAUGGGUAAUCAAUUAGUAGGCAUCGCGCCUAGUCAAAUAUUUCCGGUAGAGCACUAUUUGACGGAUCACAGCGAUUUAUUAUUCGACGGAAAUUUAGGAAGCACUAGAUUCUUCAAAGUGGCUCGGGCUCGCAGUCUGGAGGGCCUGAUAGUUGUAAAAAUAUUUGCCAUUCAUGACCCAACAUUGCCAUUAUCUACAUAUAAAGACAAGUUAGAAGAAAUCAGAUCAAAGUUAGCCUCGGCUGUCAACUGCCUACCAUUUCAACGAAUGAUUCUCACAGAAAAAGCAGGCUCAAUAAUGCGGGAAUAUGUCAAAUAUUCUCUUUAUGACAGGAUCAGCACUAGGCCAUUUUUAACAAGCAUCGAGAAAAAGUGGAUUACUUUUCAAGUAUUAUAUGCUCUUAAUCAAGCCCACAAGUUUGGUGUUUGUCACGGUGACAUAAAAUUAGAGAAUAUUAUGAUAACCAGUUGGAACUGGGUGUUGCUCACAGAUUUCGCUAGUUUUAAACCAACGUAUUUGCCAGAGGAUAAUCCUGCGGAUUUUUCAUAUUUUUUUGAUACUUCCAGAAGGAGGACAUGCUAUAUAGCGCCUGAACGAUUUGUAAAAACAUUAUCCUCAGAAUUAAGUAAUACGUUAUUAUUGCCAGAACAAGAAGUAAAAACUGGUGACUUGCAUCCCAUGAUGGAUAUUUUUUCCACAGGCUGUGCUUUAACAGAAUUGUAUAACGAAGGGCACCCACCAUUUGAUUUUUCACAACUCUUAGCGUACAGGAACAACGAAUAUUCUGUAAGCAAACACUUGGACAGUAUAGACGAUCCAGGAAUACGCGACCUACUCAGUUCAAUGUUAGAAAGAAAUCCGGCAAAUAGAAAAAGUGCAGAGAUUUACCUAGCUCAAACUCGUGGCACCAUCUUUCCAGAAUACUUUUAUUCCUUUCUCCAGUCUUACAUGCUCAUUUUUUCCGCUGCUCCAAUUUUAUCGCCGGACGAAAAAAUAACACGGUUAAAAAAGGACAUUGGCAAUAUUAUAAGUAUAUUAAAGACGGAAGAAAGUGAACGGAUGAAAAUAAGUGAAACCAAACCCAUGGAAACUGCAAAAUCUAAUCAAUGCGAGAGUAACGUGGAAUCGAUUAAGGAUGAUUCUGGCCAUAGCGAGGAAAAUACGAUGGUAGAAGUUGACAGUGAUCAAAGUUCUGAUAAAACCGAUUUGAAUCAAAUUGACAUGAAAAGCACGUCGCAAGAUGUUGGCAGUGACAUUCAAGUGGAUGCAGAACCAGAGAUAAAAUCGUCAGAAGAUCACAAACAAACAUGUGCAGAAUCUAAGAAAUCAGCUUCUACAAAUGAAGUUUUAGAAGGACUUGUUAUCAUAACUCAACUAGUUACAUCUUGCAUAAGAGGAUUACAUCACUCGCAGUCUAAAUUGUACAGUUUAGAGAUAUUAUUGGAGUUGGCUGAGAAUGUUUCUGACGAGACAAUUCUUGAUAGAAUAUUACCUUAUAUUUUUCAUUUAGUUCACGAUCCAGCGCCGCGAGUAAGAGUAUCAGCGAUACAUACUUUAACAAAGUGUUUACAUCUUGUGAAAUCAAUACCAUCUUCGGAUGUGAACAUAUUCCCUGAGUACAUUCUACCAGGUUUAGCACACAUAACUCAAGACGAAGCAGUUAUUGUUAGAGCAGCUUACGCGGAAAAUAUUGCGCAUUUGGCACACAUCGCUCUGCGUUAUUUGGAAAACGCUCAUCUGUCUAAUUUGGGCAACAAAGAGGGACCAAAACCCAGUUACGAUAGCGAAUUACAAACUUUACACGAAAUGGUCCAACAAUCAGUAUCCAUGUUAUUAACAGAUCCUCAAAAUUUAGUGAAACAAACGUUAAUGGAAAAUGGAAUAAACAAAUUGUGUGUGUUUUUCGGGAAACAGAAAGCUAACGAUAUUUUACUCAGUCAUGUUAUUACGUUUUUAAAUGACAAGGAGGAUAAGGAACUAAGAGGCUCUUUUUUUGAGUGCAUAGUCGGUGUGGCUGCAUAUGUUGGUUGGCACAGUAGUCCUAUACUAAUGCCGCUUCUGCAACAAGGUCUAUCUGAUCCUGAAGAAUUUGUAACUACAAAGGCUAUAAAUGCCAUGGCAACACUUACAGAAUUGGGUUUGCUACAUAAAUCUGCUCUUUAUCAGUUAUUAUCAGAAACUAUGGUCUUCCUGGUUCAUCCAAAUCUUUGGAUACGUCAUGCAACUGUCGGCUUUAUAUCUGCGGCAGCAAGAACCUUGAAUGUGGUAGAUGUCCAAUGUAAAGUUCAAACAAUGCUCCAACCAUAUCUGAAACAUUCAUUGAUCCAAAUAGAAAAAGAAAUUUUAUUGCUUGAAGCACUUGUUUCUCCUAUAUCUAGAAUAGUAUACGAUUCCAUAGUGAAAUAUAACGAUGUGGAGGAAUUAUUCCAAGUGCUUGAACAGAGACAGGUAGCCAGAGCGAAAGCCAUAACUGGUGUAGUUCCACCACAAUACAACGACAUGAGUACCUCCUUAAGAAAUCUUUUUAGACGACUAAGUUCAGAAUCGAUGACUGAAGCAGUUGAGGAUCAGUUAUUGAUCAUGAAACCUCAUUUGAUGAAGAUCAACAAGUACCGCAAUUCCGCGGAUACAAAACAAAAUGCUAACAAACUUGUGGAAGGCAAGCUGGAACUGAGUCCAGUAAAAGAUAGAAUAAGACAUCAUGUCGUUGUAUUAUAUCCCGAUACCAAAGGAGACUUAACCCUGCCGCCUUUUAAGAGAUCGGAUCGGAGAACAUCGGAGACUGUUGGUACAUACGCAACGAUGAAUCAAGAAUGGCGCACGAUGUUUGCAGCUCAAGAUAACGCUCAGCAUGCUAUCGUCAAAAUGUCGGACAUGACCGGAAGCAGUGGCAGCCCCAGUCAGAGCAUACACAGCGGAGACAUCCAUUUAUCUCCGCAUCAUUGUUUAUCAGAUAUGACCAGCAUUAAUUCCCUCAUGAACGAUCAUUCACUUCAUGAACGAUCUUAUAUACAAUAUAGAUGUGCGCCCUGUCGAUUAGAAGUGCGACAAUUAACGUACCGAAAGCAAGAGCAACACGCAGCAGUGUUAAGAGCGAAACGUUGGGCUAACAAUGUCUCUUGUGAAGCUGGCUCCACAUCACUGCCAAAGGAUUGGCGACCUCGAGGAAUUCCCGUUGCGCAUCUUCAUGAACACAGAGCUGCAGUAAAUAGAUUAGUUUCAAUACCAGAUACUAGUCUCUUCGCAAGUAGUUCCUCCGAUGGAUGCAUAAAGAUUUGGGAUGCCAGUAAGAUGGAAGGACGAAAUAUCGCUAAUCGUUCUAGGCAAACAUACAUGCAUAGAGGAGGUCCACUGGUUGGUUUAACUGUAUGCGAUCAAGGACAAUCCUUAGCGAGCUCGGCGAGCACGUCUGGAACGGUAUUUGUACUUCGAAUUGAGCCGAACUCCAGUAAAAUGAGCUUAAUCGGUACUCGUCAAUUGGAUCUUCAGGAAGAAGGAUGUGCUGUCGAUCUUCAGUAUCUAGAUUCUGGCUCGCAAUCGGUUCUUGUGUAUGCCUCGUUGUACGGAUCGUUAGUAGGUUGGGACCUACGAUGUCCUGGCACAACAUGGCGGUUAGAAAAUGAUUUGAAGCAUGGAGUCAUCACAUCGUUUUGUGUAAACAGUCAUCAACAGUGGUUGACUCUUGGCACGAGCUCCGGUAUCCAUACCUGUUGGGACUUGAGGUUCCAACUGCCAAUAACAAGCAUCAAGCAUCCAACGGGUGCCAGAGUGCGAAAGGUGAUUACACAUCCGACAGAACAUUCGUGGAUAAUCUCGGCAGUGCAAGGCAACAAUGAAAUCUCCAUGUGGAAUUUAGAGACUGAUCAUCGACAAAUGGUUCUAUGGUCAUCAAACGCUCCGCCGCUGAGCCGUACUCAAACUGGUCACACUGUAUGUGCAAUGUAUGCUGGAUGCAUCGAUUGCUCAGGUUUUCUUUUGGCCGGCGGCACUGAUAUGCGAUUACGCUUCUGGGACUUCAAUAGACCCACUGCAUCCUAUGUCGCUCUGCCUGCUGCUAACGAUAUCCUCACACCAAAUUCAUUGGCAUAUGAUGUACGUUUGAUAGAUGGUACGAACGUUGUACAAGAAGUAUUAGUGGACGAUGAUUCCAAUCCGUUGUCCGGAAGUGAUGCAAGAGGAAGAAACAUGGAAGAGAGUGGUCCCGAGACUCCACCCUCUGGUCAACAUGACACGAUUUCCGCCGUGGCCAUGUCAAAUACAUGCAUUCUCACCGGCAGUACAGAUGGCCUGAUACAAGUCUGGAAAUGAUUGUUCUUUUCGCUUCCAAAUUUGAUUUUACAGUUCCUCGCACAGAUGACAAAGGGUUUUACUAGUGCAAUGCGGAAUUUCUCUCCAGUAAUAACGAAACCAUUGUGAUCCAAGUAAGGAAUAAGUUACUCUAAAAUUGUUCAGGUAAAUUAUCCAGCUAUGCUGUGGAUAAUGAUUGUAGUAUAAUUUAUUUAAAGACAGUCACGCUUAAAAAUUGUGAUGGCAGUAUAAUUAUGAUAUCACAGUAUCCUGUUUUGGCAAAAAUUACUAAUUCUAUUUUUUUAACAGUUUCAUAAUUAGCAUUGAUGACAGGUCUCAUUAGAUAUUAUGAUGAUAUCAUAAUGUUAAUAAAUUUAUCUUAUUGUGCAAAAGAAACGUUAACUCUACAAAUCUAAUCUAUUCUUAGAUUCACGUUUAUAUAAUUUUUUUUAAAUUGAAAA